AGCAGGGGGAGGAGGAGGAGGAGAAGCGACACAUGGUGAAGGAAGGAUGGAAAGAAGAUAAAACUUGUUGGAGUAGAGCAAUCAAAGUGAGAAGAAAGAUGCAUCCUUGAAGUUGGGUUGCUUCAGCAGCAAGCAAAACAGGUCCUUGUAGAUCGUGAACAGGGGCAAAGGCGAUGGUGCGAAGCAAGAUUGUGCUGUGCCUCUUGCUCUUCUCCUUCUUCAGUACGCAUCAAGUGAAUUCGUUUGUUGUUUCGUUCCGUCCAUCUGUGUUCAAUGCUGGACAGCACGUUCAGAACCCGUCAGCGCUUCAAUUACAGGUUUUGUCACGGACACCAGCAAGCGGAAUGGCGACAGGGAACGGAGGCCCGAGUAUCGAUCCUCUUCUGAAAGAACUCUUCUCCUCUCAUCGCAGACAUGGACGCUGCUCUCUUCGCUCUGCUGGGAGGGAGAACGUCGAAGAAGUGAAUCAAGGCAUUUCGCUGCCAGUAGAAGAGUCGGGUGGGGGCGGGAAGGAGCCGGGGUCUGUGCAUUCGUCCUCGAGCGCUCAGAUCCACGAGAUGAAACUACCGAAAGCUAGCGAGAGCCAGCCGAGUCAAAUCAGCUUGCUCAGGAAGCCUACCCCCCGCCUGCAGAAACUUAGAGACCUGCUCUUCAAGAAAGACGUCAUGGAGACGCUGACGUCGGCAGAGUUCGCGCUGAAACUUGACACCUCCGGUCUGUUCGCCAAUACUGUUGGGAUGGAGGCGAACGGAGUGAGAACGAGAACCACCAUCGACUACGAUCGCAUCUUUCGCAGGCUGGGAGCGUGUUUCACCGCCAUUGACAUGUAUGGCGCUGGUAGAAUCUCGAUGACCGAAGCAGAGCUGCUAUCGUUGCGCGACAGACUGCUAGAUAUGCAGGAGCAGGUUGCAAGACGCGUCGAGGCUGGGUUUGCUGAAAGCAGCAGAUCGAAUAUUGAAAACUCCAACGUAGACGCACAGUCAGAGACGGGAAGAGACAACGAAGGCGCUAGCACGUACAUCAGCCAAGCAAAAGAAUGGUUGGACAGCAUGCGAUCGUUUGACGUCUCAAGCAUCGGAGGAGUUUUGCAAGCUGCCAUUGAGGGUCGAGCGAAGGAGGUUUCGAGGCUGAGCGAGGAGGAGGAGAGAGGAGCCUUCGUACGCGAGGAUGGGUCGUUGGACUUUGACUUCGGAACUCGAGAUGAGGUGGAAGGGAUGGACAGAGCAGGUGUGAGGGUUGAAGUCUUGUCGCUGCAGGUUACGAGGAUGGGGAAAGAGCUGUGGGCGCGUCUGAACGGGGUCCCGCCUGGUGAGGAAGCAGCAGCAAGGAACUUGACAGCGUUGAAAGAUGCUCUCUUGAAUGAUCCUGUUGGACUUGAGCUGGAGGCCAAGGUGGUUCAAGCUCAAGAUGAUCUGAUCAUAGCAGAAGAGAGAAGAGAUUCCUUGUACAGAUCCCUUCAACGUCUUAGAGAAGGCGGCGAACUUCAUGAAGAUGCGGAAAAACCGAAUCGAAAUCAGAAGAGAAAGUCGUCGACGCGAAGUGACCCCAAGGCCUUCAACGAGGCUCUUGCAGCGCUCAUCUCUGAGAUUAGAGAUUGGGAAGCUCGGGUUCAGCGAGCCGAGCAGUUCCUUGCCCUUCAAGAGCUCCAGCUCGACAUGGAGAGGAUUUGUAUCUACCUUACCUACGAGAUCGAGCAGUCGGAGGAAGUGCAAGAGCAGCAGAAACUUGCUGUGGCUGAGUUUGGUCUGCUCGAUGCUCAGGUCGUCACGCUAGAUCAGCUCUCCGAGACCGUCCAGGAUCGCAACGCAACCAACAUCUACGACAGCCUGGGAGAGGAGGACAGCGUAGGGGAGGAGGAGCAUGGUGGCAUCGCCUCGCAGGAGACCUUCAUGUUGGACGACGUCAUCCUUGAUGAGGGUCUGCCGCUGGACGUGGGAAGAAAGUUUGCCGACGGUGCGAGGUUCUACGUGGAGGGCAGCAAGCUGCUGGGAACGGACGUGCAGUACGCCGUCCGACUGAUCAUCAAGGCCGCGCUCGGAGACACCCUCCAGCCAAGAGAGGUCCGCACUCUCAGGAGAACAGCAAAGGACCUCAUCACUUUCAUCCCCUUCAUCAUCAUCCUUCUUAUUCCCCUCAGCCCCGUCGGCCAUGUCCUUGUAUUCUCCUUCAUCCAGCGCUUCUUCCCGGAUUUCUUCCCCACCCCCUACACCGAUCGCCGUCAGAACCUCAUGAGGAUUUACCAAUCCGUUGAGCUUGUCAUGCCGGACACCAGCAGCGGCAAGCCCAGCAACCGCAUCUCCUCCUCUACCGUCCGCAGGAAUCGGGGAGGAACCACCACGCAGAUGCGACGAGAGCGAAUGAAGAGAUAAACUUCUAGUUACUGACUUAAGUAUUCAUUCGACUGUCUGUGCCCCGUAUCCCGCCGGCCGAUGGUUAUCCCAAACAAUAAAUGAUGAUCCACCCGGU